AUGUCCCAGCACGGGAGAGUUUACAAGAACGAAGCAGAGAAGGCGCAUCGCCUUGCCACAUUCAAGACCAAUAAGGAACUCAUAGAGUCGUUCAAUGCUGGGGGCCACAAAUUUAAGCUUGGGAUUAACCAGUUCGCAGACCUCACCAACGACGAAUACAAUGAAAUCUGCAGUGGGUUCAAUCCUCCGUUGAUGACCGCGGUGAAAGCAGCGAAAGGGUUCAUGUACGAGAACGUUAUCGACGUGCCUUCGGGUGUGGAUUGGAGGACAAGAGGCGCGGUCACUCCUAUCAAGCACCAAGGGCACUGCGGAUCUUGUUGGGCAUUCUCUGCUGUUGCUGCAGUUGAAGGCAUCUCUCAGAUCAAAACCGGCAAUCUGAUAUCCCUCUCGGAACAAGAGCUCCUUGACUGCGACACCAGCAGCGAGAACAACGGCUGCAACGGUGGCCACAUGGCCAAAGCUUUUGAGUUCAUCGUCAACAAUGAAGGCCUAUCAGCGGACGCCGACUACACGUACAAGGGACUAACGGGUCCUGCGAAAACCUGCAGCUCCAAAAGCUCCUUCUCACAUCCGGUCGCGAUCAGCGGGUACGAGGAUGUACCCUCUAACGAUGAAGUAGCGCUACUCAAAGCUGUGGCGAAUCAGCCAGUGUCUGUUGCCGUUGACGCAGGCAGCUUUGCUCUCCAAUUUUACUCUAGCGGCAUCUUCACAGGCUCGUGUGGGACUAACCUGAGCCAUGCAGUGACUAUUGUUGGCUAUGGUACUGAGAGUGAUGGAACCAAGUAUUGGAUUGCGAAGAAUUCGUGGGGGUCUUCAUGGGGUGAGAAUGGAUACAUAAAGAUGGAGAGGGAUGUCGAUGCUGAGGGGGGGCUCUGUGGUAUUGCUAUGCAAGCUUCGUAUCCAACCGCUUGAUCAAAAACAAGUGUUUGUUUUCUAGCUACCUAGCAAGUAGUGGUGUGUAUUUUCUUUUCUUUCCUUGUACCUGCUUGAAUAAACCUUUGCCCAAGUUGUGAAAACUUGUAGCAAAGUGGGCGUGUGUGACGUGUGUCUAUAAGUUGGGCAACUUUGUAUUUCAAGUGGAUAUUAUGUAAUGAUUGCUGGUAUUGAUUCUGUCUUA